AUGCAGCCUGGAGGAGGCAACGGCAAUGGCAGCAGCUUCCGCUACGGGCGAGGCCAACCCUACCGCCCGCCGUUGCCGCCUGAACAACAGAUGACACCGCAAGAGAGGGAAGUGGUUCUGAUGGCUGCCGGCCGCCUCGCCGCGGAGUACCUGGUGAACAGAGGCGAUCUGCCGCCGAACGUGCUGGAGAACCGCCCGCCGGCUCCGAUCCCGUUGCUCGGAGUCGGAGGAGGCCAGCCCGCGUUCGGGUCGCAGUACCACCAGCAGCCGCCGGUACCCCGGACGUACCACUUCCAAGGACGCCCGCCCGCGCCGCAGCACCGUCAGCCUCAGCCAUGGCCCAACCCGUUCCACUUCCACCAAGGGCAACAACGCCCACCCGCGCCGCAGCGCCGGUUCCCGGGCCCCCGCCCGUUCCAAGGAGGCCGCGGCCCGUUCCCGAAGCGGCCACGCCAGCGCCCGUUCCCGUACGGCCCGCCUGGGCCGGCUCCUCCCCAGACGCGGUACGCCGGCCAGGCCGCGGCACCCGUCGUGUCCGCGAGUAAAAAUAAGCAAGACGACGACGACAACAAGCACAGCGCGCCGGCUGGAGAGGCGGGCGACUCUCAGCCGACGGCGCAGCCGGAAGUUCCGGCCAGCGGCUCGCAGCAGACGAACGAGCCAAGCAGCGGUUCCCUUGGCGCCAACGCUAGCGAAUCAAGCUAG